GCCUUUUCAAAGAAAAAAUUCAAAGAACUUUUUAUAGAGCAACUUUUUCCUUCUGCAAACCGAAUGGCGUGAGAUUGCGUCAUCUGUACGCACUAAUACCGGUCGUUUCUGGAAUAAUGGGUCCCCGGAACCCUUCUGUGUGCGCAGUUGUGCCUGUUAGCCUGCUUCGCUCAUUCAUAUGGACACCCAAUAUUUUAGAUUUGGGAACGGCUGUGGACAAAUGAAUCCUCGGCUCAAUUUGUGGUGUUUCGGGUCUGACUGGAAUUGUUCAUGGUGGAAAGAGUUAAAAGAUAACGAUCUUCUCUCGCUGGUGCAUGAUGGUAAACACAGCUUGCUAGCAGGAAGCGCACUGCUAAUAUUUACCAGCGUGUCCACAAGCAAGGAUGAAAGAUGGACCCAGAGGAGCUGGAACUUCUGGGAGAUUACAGAUACAGGAACUACUCCUCCAUCAUUGAGAAGGCGCUGAGGAACUUCGAGUCCUCCACAGAAUGGGCCGAUCUGAUAUCUUCCCUUGGGAAGCUCAAUAAGGCUCUGCAGAGUAACUGGAAGUACUGCUUACUACCAAGACGUCUUAUCAUCAGCAAGAGGUUGGCACAGUGCCUUCACCCAGCGCUACCCAGUGGGGUGCACCUGAAAGCUCUGGAGACCUAUGAAAUUAUAUUCAAAAUAAUAGGGACAAAAUGGCUGUCCAGGGACCUUUUCCUGUACAGCUCGGGCCUAUUCCCACUGUUGUCACAUGCUGCCAUGUCGGUGAAGCCCAUACUUCUAGGUCUGUACGAGACUUACUUCCUACCUCUUCAGAGGUCACUGCUGCCGAGUCUCCAAGCAUUCAUCACUGGGUUGCUCCCAGGUCUGGAGGAAGGAUCUGAGGUAUAUGACAGGACUGAUGCAUUGGUGCAGAAGCUGUCCAUGGUUGUUGGGCAAGAAGUUUUCUACAGCUCUCUGUGGGGCAGCGUCCUGGUCAGCAGCUCCAUCCGACUCCCGGCUUCUCUGUUUGUGGUCAGUCACAUCAAUAGAGACUUGGAUGCUAAAGCACAAAGCUACGUGCUGGGGAAUGACAAGCAGCUGGCUAUAAAAUCUCUCUGCGUUUCAGUAAUGGACUCAAACGUUCUGGUCCAGAGGAACACGCUGGAAAUCCUACUCUUCUUCUUCCCAUUCCACACAUGCCUGGAACCCAGUGAUUGUCCUAUGUCCCUCCCCCGGACGGAUCUCAUCCACAUACUCUCUGCUGCCAUCCAGACUGUCCUAAGACGGGACAUGUCGCUGAACAGGAGGCUAUUCGCCUGGUUACUAGGGUCUGAUAUUAAAGGGAGAGUUGUGGCCCUGGAGCUGAAAGGGUCUGUAGGGGAAGAGGAUUACUGCAACUGCUUUUUUGCAAAAUACUCCAAAGAUUUAUUGAUCCAAGCUCUAAUGCAGAUUUUACACCAGAAUAUCCUGUACUCGGACUCUGAGCAAGGCCUGCAGGUUUAUCUGAAGCCUUUCCGCAUCCUUGUCAGUCUUCUAGACAAGCCAGAGAUAGGUCCGCCGGUGGUGGGAGAUUUGUUCUUGGAAGUGAUCCGAGCCUUUUAUGCAUACUGCAAGGACGCCCUUGGGAGCGAUAUAAAGCUGAGCUACACUCAGACUGGCAGCCAGCUGAUAAGUGCAAUUAAAGAAAACAAAAACGCCUCUGAAAUAGUGAAGACGGCCAACCUGCUGAUCACGUCGCUGAGCUCGGACUUCCUGUGGGACUACAUGACUCUGUGUUUCGAGCACAGCUUCAGGCAGGAUGCGGAUUCUGGUGACUGCAUGUACGUAGGUAGAGGCCCCUCGGUGUCUGAGAUCUGUACUCUGCUGGUUUUCCUGCUGGACGUCAUCCCCCUGGAACUGUACUCUGAAGUGCAGACGCAGUACCUGCCCCAGAUGCUGAGUUACAUGGCACAGUCCACGGCUGAGAACAUGGACAAGCUUAGCCUGCCGGAGCUGACCCAGGCCCUGAAGACCUGUUUCAAAGUCCUCAGCAAAGUGCAGAUGCCGCCGGCUUACCUGGAUAUGGAGUCUCUGAGCCCAGACGGCAGUCCAUCAAAGGAGUCACAGACAAUGAAACCAAACGAUGAAUCUGAGACAGAGAUUGGUGAAGAACCCGUUUUUCCUCCGCUGAAAUCAGAAGACAGCGGAAUCGGCCUCAGCGCCUCCUCCCCGGAGCUGUCUGGAUAUCUGCGCUUGCCCAGGGUAUGCCCUGAUAAGGGUGAUGUCUGGAAGAAGGGGGGCAGUGUUCAGAGGACACUGCUCUGCAUACAGGAUCUGGUGGCCAAGUUUGCCAGCAGGCAUCUAUUUGGGAUACAACUACAGACACAGAACAGUGGGGUUAAUCCCGAUGCGAAUGCGCUGACCGAGCCUAUAAAAAAGAAGGGGCCUUGGGAGCCAAAACAGAUCACCGUGCCCCAGUUCAAGCAGAUGCUGACGGAUUUCUUCACUCCCAGGCCGCUGGCGUCCAAACAGAAAAUCAAUAAGGUAGACUAUUCUCCAUCCCGCACCUCCAGUAAGAAAGUAAACAAAGGCUCAGACGAGGAGUGGGACAUUGACCGCUAUAUCCAGAACAUGGGAGAGACGUCAGAAGACUGCCGGGAGGCCUUCGCUGCUGCCUGUCACUUGUUGCUGGACUGUGCCACCUUCCCUGUUUAUCUGUCAGAAGAAGAGACUGAACAGUUACAUUCCGUGCUAUUCCAAGUGCCUGGUGACGCCAGCUUUCCUCUAUGGUUCAAGUCCCUGAUGACCGUUUGCUGCUGUGUGAAGGAUUGUUACAUUCAGAACAUGGCCAUUUCCACCCUUUUGGAAGUCAUCAAUCACUCGCAGUCCCUGUCACUGGUAAUGGAAGACAGGAUGAAACGCUCUAAGAUGUCCGGGUACAGCGCCGUUUUCACAAAGCUGCAGAUGGUGACCGUUCCGCCUGUCUCGCCGGGAGUUCUCCGGCUGAUUGCUGAGAAGACGGAUUUCUACCUGAGGGUGGCCCAUGUGCUGUGGAACCAGCUGAACAUGGAGACAAGAGAGCACCAUAUAACCUGCGUGGAACUCUUUUACAGGCUGCACUGCCUGGCUCCCUCCGCCAAUAUCUGCGAGGAGAUCAUCUGCCAGACUCUGCUGGACAACGACAAGGUGAUCAGGCUGGAGGCUCUGUUCCGCUUCUCGGUGAUUUGGCAUCUGACAAGAGAGAUACAAGGCAGCCGCGUCACGUCCCAUAACCGAUCCUUCGAUAGGUCCCUAUUUGUGGUGCUGGACAGCUUGAACUGCACUGACGGGGCUAUCGGUGCGGCCGCUCAGGGCUGGCUGGUGCGUGCGCUCUCCUUAAAUGACGUCGCCCGGAUACUGGAACCUGUGCUAUUGCUUCUGCUCCAUCCGAAGACUCAGAGAACGUCCAUUCACUGCAUUAAACAGAAGAACUCCUCAGAAGAAAUCAGCUACUGGUGCAGGAGGACGAGAUCUUCUUUGAAAGACACUGUAGGAAGUCACGAGUUUCCGGAGAAUAAUUCUGAUGACAAUCACCAACCCUUUAACACCGUUGACAGAGAAGCCAUCUGGGCUGAAGUGGAGAAAGAUCCUGAGAAGAUGAAAAAUGAGUUGACCAAUCAUCAUGCUUCAGAUAAUAUAGAACCACCGUUUGGUCAGGACAGUGACCAAGAGGACAGUGAACACACAGAGUCUGCGGACACCAGCGUUGGCCAGAGUGCCAGUGAGAACACGUCUUCAUUCAAUCCCAGCUCCGUGGAAUCUAGUAAUGAGCAACACUGGACCAACAGUGACAACAUUGACGGGCAAGAGUCCUCCAAGCCUUCUUGUCAGCCGAACAUGUCAUGCAUGGACGUGCCCAGACCAAGUGUGGUGUUAAAUUUGGUACGUACUGAGUCUAAUGUUACGCAGACCUCAGAGUCGCUGUCUAGCGACGAUGAAGCAGAUCUGGAACUUCAGGCUAUUAGAAGCACCAAGCUUCUGAAGCAGCAAAAAGAGAAAGAGGAGAUGAUUGAGGCACUGUUCAAGCACAUCCUACUAUACCUUCAACCCUACGAUUCCAAGAGGGUAUUGUACGCAUUCUCUGUGCUGGAAGCUGUUCUGAAGACCAACCCUAAGGAGUUUAUUGAAGCGGUUGCCAGCACCAGUAUGGACACCAGCUCCACUGCACACCUCAACCUAAUAUACAACCUUCUUGCUCGCCACCAGGAGGCCCUUGUUGGUCAGAGCUUCUAUGGGAAGCUUCAAACACAGUCACCAUCAAUGUGUCCUCAUUCUCUCUUGAUUGAACUUUUGACCUAUCUGUGUUUGAGUUUUUUGCGUUCUUACUACCCUUGCUACCUGAAGGUGAGUUACAAGGAUGUGCUCGGCAACCGAGAUGUCCAAGUGAAAAGUGUGGAGGUCCUCAUCAGGAUGAUGUCUCAGCUGGCAGCCACUGCCAAGAACUCAGACGGCAAAAACGUCAACUUCAUACACAGCUUGCUGGAGAGAUGCAAGGUUCAAGAGUUUGUUCUCCUGUCGUUGUCCGCUUCCAUGUACACGAGUCAGAAGAAGUAUGAACAGGUGUCGCUAGGUGGCAACAGAGACAUGGCUGAUGAAGGAUUGUUCGAAGAGAGUAUCAUUAAUUUUGGCCAAGACCAGAUUUGGAGUGAGCAUCCCCUUCAGAUAGAACUGCUGAAGCUUCUGCAGAUUUUGAUUGUUUUGGAACAUCACUUGCGGCAGCUGCAGGAAGACCAUGACUCCCCGGUGGACCUCUCGAAGGAAUGGCAUCGGGGAGUCAACUUCCAGCAGUCUAUAAAUGCCAUGCAGUAUGUGCAGUCACAUGCAAUAACAUCGCAGGGAUUGUUCGUCUCUGCUGUGGUGAGGGCCCUGCGCCCGGAGUAUGGCUACGGAAUGCACCCGCCCUGGGUUGCCCUGGUCACAUCCUCUUUGCCUUAUUUUGGAAAGUCUUUGGGUUUGACUGUAGCACCGUUUGUUGCUCAGAUCUGUAAGAACUUAGAUGAACUUGUGAAGCAGUAUGAAAACGAAUCGGUAAAAAUAAGCACAGCUUGCAAACGGGAGAACAUUUCCCCAGAUUACCCGCUCACAUUGCUGGAGGGUCUCACCACUAUUGGCCAUUUUUGCCUUUUGGAUCAUUCAGCGCAAACAAAGAAGUCUUCAACAUCCGAUCCCGCUAAUCUGAAGAACGCUCGUAACGCUCUCCUGGAAGAGCUUCCUCGCAUUGUAAACAGUUUGUCUCUUCUCUGGAGUGUCAUUACCAAGCAGGAGAGGGAGAGGAGACCCUCAGAUCUCCUGGGGACGAUAAAAGGAUCAUCAUCCGUCUAUUUCAAAACCACCAAGACACUGAAGCAGAAGGUCUUGGAAUUCCUGAACCCUCUGACCGUACAUCUCGGGGUGCAGCUUAUUGCAGCCGUUGCUGCCGUCUGGAAGAGAAAGAGGUUCAACAAGGCCCUGAGUAAGGCCAAGAUUGUACCGGUGCCCAGCGAGUCCCAGAUGACGUUGGUUGACCUGGUGUGCGCGCUGAAGACCCUGAAGACAGACGCUAUUUUGCAGCUGGUGAAGGAGGUGGUUAAGAAGCCACCACAGAUAAAGGGUGAUGAGAAGUCCUCAUUGGUGGACAUCCCGAUGCUGCAGUUCAGCUAUGCGUUUAUACAAAGGCUCUCCCCAGCUGACAUGCAGGAGAACUUCCAGUCGCUGCUGACGCUGCUUAAAGAGUCGGUUCCUCUGAAUCUGGCUCCACCAGGAUUUUUCCUGCUGCUAAGCAUCCUGAAUGACUUUGUAACGAGGACACCGAACCUAGAGAACAAGAAGGACCAAAAGGACCUACAGGAAGUGACUCAGAAGAUCCUGGAGGCGGUCGGGAACGUGGCGGGGUCAUCCUUGGAACAGACUAGCUGGCUCAGCAGGAAUUUGGAGGUUAAAGCCCAGCCGCAGGUAUCUCUGGAUGACACAGAUGCUGACGAAGAACUUUAUGAGGACAUUGUCGCAGCUCAGUCGUCCAUGGUGUCUGCCUCUGCUCCGUCUGUCUACAGUGUGCACGCUUUGUCAAUGCUCGCAGAGGUCUUGGCCACUCUCCUGGACAUGGUCUACAGAAGUGAUGAGAAGGAGAAAGCGGUUCCCUUAAUAUCUCGUCUUUUGUACUACGUGUUUCCUUAUCUGCGAAACCACAGCGCAUACAAUGCCCCCAGCUUCCGUGCUGGUGCCCAGGUCCUCAGCAGUCUCAGUGGGUACGCCUACACCAAGCGAGCCUGGAAGAAGGAGGUCCUGGACUUGUACAUGGACACAGGAUUUUUCCAGAUGGACACAUCUUGCAUUCACUGGAAAUCAAUCAUCGAUCAUCUUUUGACCCACGAGAAAACCAUGUUUAAGGAUCUGAUGAACAUGCCGAGCAGCUCCCUGAAGCUGUACCCCAGCAGCGAGCAGAAGGCCAUGUUGCUGAAACGUCAGGGCUUUGCCGUGUUCAGCGGAGAACUGGACCAGUAUCACUUGUACCUGCCCCUGAUACAAGAGCGCCUGACGGAGAACAUCCGCGUUGGACAGACACCCAUCAUGGCCGCACAAAUGUUCCUGUUUUUCCGUGUCUUGUUACUGAGGAUAUCUCCACAGCAUCUUACUUCAUUAUGGCCAAUUAUGGUGACAGAGCUGAUACAUGCAUUUGUUCAACUUCAGGAUGACCUGAUGGAAGAGGAGACAACAGCAAAGAACAGCAAAACCAACAAGCAGAAGGCUGCAGUGACGGAAGGCAAUGGCCCUGUCUAUGCUGACAUCCCGCAGAGCUGCCUGGACCUGUAUCUGUCUGCCUGCAAGUUCCUGGACACGACACUCUCCUUUCCCCCGGACAAGAUGCCUCUCUUUCAAAUGUACAGAUGGGCAUUUGUUCCUGAAGUGGACACCGAAUCCUAUGUUGCCCCAGCAGAGGUGGUGGAAAAUCACCAAGAAUGUAAGCCUCAUGUUGUUCGCAUUGUGGAGCUCAUGAAGUUGCGGUUUGGGGAAAGUGUGACUGAAGACGGCAGCUCGAAGAGGAAAGAAUUCCCGCUCCUCAAUCUCCGUUCCAUAGCCAAGAUCACACAACUGAUGCCAUUUUUCAGGACACUCAGCUUUGUGUUUAAAGCGAAGGGAAGAGGAUCUGGCGCCGCUCACGGUGUGGACAUCUCAGUGGAAUACCCAGUAGAAGACACUAGCAGAGUUCUGAGAGAACUUGAGGAGAACGUGGAAUGUGACUUCUUGGAGAGCCUGGGAAAUUAACCCUGAUGAAGACGACGUUCUGAGUACAGAUCGCGGGACUCGCCGCGCAGUAAAACCAGUCCUACUUUAUUUCAAAGCAAAAAAUGCGAUUAAUAAACUUUAGACAUUUUUCAAACGCAACAAGCCAGUGAAAUAGAUACUUCCAUAUUAGCUAUCCGUAAAUAUGUACCUAGAAUACGUUUCUAAGUGAAUGUGUCAUAGAACGAUUAGCUUAAUUGCUGAAAUCCUGGGAACCACAGUAGAUUAUUAGUUAGAAAAGAAGUACCAAAUGAUUCUGUAGCCCAUGGCAACCAAAUAAUUUCUAUGGAGAGCGCUGUAUAUAUGUUGCAAUAAUGUGAUAUAAGGAGGCUGCUAGGACAUAGAGGCAUCAGGAAAUCUUGGUCUGUAUCGCAGCAAUUCCUGGCUGGUGGAAGCAGAAACAGAAGCGUCAUCGGAACACUUACUGUAAUAGUCUCCUGCUCCUGUCUACCCCUGCGCACUAAGGAUAUAACGAUUGCAGUUAGAAACAUUCCAAGUUUACAGGUGGAAGGGGGGGGGGGGGUAAAAUAAUUACAAAAAUAAGACCCAAAGAGAUUUUUGAUUUUGUUUCACCUAUAUAUGAAGGUAAUUUAUGUAUAUUUAUUUAUUAACAGAAGAGAUUGGGGAGACCUUAAUUAGCUGCUAUAAAUAAUUAGUGCAGGAAUAGUUGUAUUUAUGCGCUACGAUGUUGCACAGGUAGCAGCCGUUUAUUUAAGAAUUUGCCAGUAGCAAAGUGGCGAGAAAAUUAAAACUUUUUAGUAGGGCAGGCAAUCAACAGCAAGACACGGUAUGCUGGGAUUUGUAGUUCUGCAGCAGAAAGCAAGACACCGAUUGCCUUCUAAUAAAAUAUAAUGUUGCACAACAGGAUCUGUGUCAUGAACUUGCUGCAUAGCGUAACUUUUUUUUUUUCUUCUACAUUUGUUUUGUAAGUAGGUUUUUUUCUUUCUGCGUAAUAAUCAUUUAGAGAUUCUUUUAUCAUGUCUUAACUGAAAUCCAUUACUCAUGCUCAGAGUAAUCUGUAGAGCUGUCUUGCUGGAUAAAAUUAAAUUAUCCCCAGAUAUCCGAUAUGGUGUUUGCAGAGGUUAUGAUGUUGUUAAUUUGCUAUUUUUAUAUAUUCAUUAGCGGAUACAGGACUCCUGCAUGGAUGAUAUUUUAUCAAUCAGUAUUUAUAUUGAAUAGAAAUAUGCAGAGGGAAGGAUAUUCCAAACACAAUGAUUCAUGUGCACGUUAUACUGACCAUUAAAUGAGAUUCAAUUCUAUUAAGUUCUUGUGCUUGUCUGGUAUGUCUGAUACCUGAUGGGGGCAUUGCCGGGACUCUGUGGCAGAUGGGGUGUAACUGAACGAGGCUGGGGUGUAACUGAACGAGGACAUAUCACAUUCCUUGUCACUGUACAGAACACUUUUGUUUUGUAAAUACCGAUUCCCGAUUUUCAGACUGUGAAGCUGCAUUUUGUCUCUUUUUGUGAAUGUGAAUUUCCUUGUAUUUUAAUAUGAAUGUAAUCUCAUACCUGGGUUAUUUUCUUUUUAUCUUGCUGAUUUAGGGUUUGUCGAAAUGGGAACCCUAAGAGCUGCAAAUAUCCUGAAUAUGGGAUAUCCGUUUACAAAGUAUUAAUGUCGGGUAUACUGAAAUGUGGGAUAUAAUGAAUGUUGAUUAUAAAAAAAUAAAUUCUUUAUUUGUA